AGGUCAUGGAACGCCUCUGCGAUGAAGUCAUACAGCUCAUACUGUACGAACUCAACGACCCUACCCACCUUACUUUAGCCUCCAAGCGAUUUCUCCAUGUUUCCCGGGACCCUUAUGUCCGCGCUCAUUAUUUCCUCACUCGAUACGGGAAGAUGCAAGCCAUGUUCUGGGCUUUGGGGAGAGGGAGGCUCAUGACAGACAAGGUCAUUGAUAUCCUGAUUACCAGCGGCGCUUGUUUCUCCCGGUAUCUCGUGCAGGUCGCCAUACACCACUACUUCCGGUCGGCACCACAUUUUGUUAAGACUCAGUGGACACGCUCGAUACCCCUGUCUGUCUUUACGCACUUCAUCAAGGUCGCAUCCGACAUGUACGGCGAAAUCCCGCUUGCCAAGGGAGAUGACGACGGAUCCGUGUUCACGGCAUUUCUGAAGGAGAGCAGACUCCCUGCUGAAUUAAAGAGUACGAAGUGGGAGGAUAUACGGGAAAUCUUUAAGAAAUUUAAGUUCAUGCCGUUCUCUGCGAAAGACCCUAUUAUGACCCAAUUUCCUCUGGCGUUGGCUGUCGAGCCGCGUUUGCUCCCUUACGCACAAUCCAAUGGCUUUAGCAUGGACACGAAGUACCGUGACUUCGUUUUUCGCAAGAUGUUUGAGAAGCAUACGCUUAGUGGCCAGGACCGCUCUGGGGAAAUAGUUUCUAGUGUCAGGGAGCUGAAACGGCUUGAUCCUAGGAUGUUUAUGACUCGUACUGUUGCCGCGGAGAUAUGCAUGGAAGCCAAGUCCAAUGAGUCUGCGUAUAAAGCCCUGAAAGCCCUUAAUUUGGCUGGAGAGCUUUUGUUUGAACUUGGAACAUUGGUUGAGGACCUAAUCAAGCUCUUUAUGAACACGCGGUCAAUUAGUUCUUCUCAUACGAUCCAGGUGCUUCGACAGCUUCAUGAGGAUUUUCCUAGUUCGGACCCCGCUGUACGGCUCGUGAUGCUGUUGACAGUGUUUGUGUCCGACAUCUAUCACAAUCACACACCUCCCGCAGAGCUGUACCGGAAAAUAGAGACACUGGGCUUGGCACCAUUAACGAAGAAAGACCUCUUCGAUAUCAUGACAAGUCCAUUUGUAGAACGAGUGGUACCCAUUAUCGAUAUAGCCAAAGAUUACGUUGGGCUGUCAUCGAAAGCAGUGAGGGAGCUCGUACAGCGAGUGACUUUUAGGUGUCUGGAAAUUGGCUGUAAGGGUAAGACGUUGAGAAAGCUAAGGGACUGGAAUACGUCGCUAUCAGAUUCGGUCCUCAGUCAAGCCUUCCACCACUACUCCAUAAAUACACACGACCUACCUCCUCAUGAAGACGAGAAAGCAUGCAUGCUAUACGAGGUCAAAUUAUGUCGAGAUUUCAGCGCUAUCAGGGCGUCGUACGCCGAUGAAGCAGCCGACACCCACGAUGGCCAGGAAUUGGACGGCUCUGACGAGGAUGAGGUGGCCAUGGAAAUCGACCCCCAAGAUGGUGUGUCAAAUUUGCAGCAACCUGACGAAGUCUAUGACCUGGGUCCUAUUGGUCAGGAUACGCUGACCUACAUGAUUCGUCAAGAUGAGAUGGGACCAUCACGGCAUCGUCGCCGGUCGAGUUAUAAUUACACUGGCACCUACAUCCCUGAUGGCUCUGGUAAACUCCAAUACCCUAGUGACUAUCUGCAAGUUGGAAAGUGGGUGAAGGAGACAUUCUCGCCUCACAGUGCAAUAGCAGCCACGUUCAUGACUCAUGCAAGCAUCAAUGGCAAUGACCACCUUCUUCACAUUUUCCUAGCAUCACAAAUUAGUGAUUACGCCUCCCAACCAUCGCAUCUCCCCAUCACUCUGAAACACUUCAAGCUACUCGCCCACCUCGGGAGAGCACCAUCUUGGUCUCUAUAUCAUGCGAUUCAACUUGGAGCGGAGUUUUACUUCAGUGAAGAAGAUUACCUUGGUAAAGAACCGGCUUUGAUCACGAAGCGUUGGAAGGGCAAAGCACGCGCUGAGAUUAAGAAAGAGUCGAGCCCUAUUAGCCUUCCUUUGGACGCGAGUGGCUCAACUGGCCCUUCGAAAGCUUCGAGCUCAUCACGACGGAAGAGGCCAAGGCGCUCCGCAGUGGAGGUCGCCAAAUCAUAUGUGAUUCCGGAUUCAGACGACGAGGCCAUAGCUCCAGAGCCGGACGAUAGUGACGUUAUCGCAUUACGGAAUAAUCACGCCAAGAAGCGCAGGGUUGAGACGAACUUGCAACGUUGGAUUAAGCAUCUUGCUUUGUUACUCUCCGAGGAGCAGAGGAAGUACAAGGAAAAGAGAAAGCGUUUGGAGAGGCAGGCGCCACCAGACGUCAAGGUUCGGGUCUCGAAGAGCGAUUUCUACAAAUCUUUGACUGGACAGCUGCGGGACCUCAGAAAGAUUGAUCUGGAGAAACGUAGGCAGUUAUACGGGCCCGACGUCGCUGCGGAGGUACUCGUAGACGAGAGUGACGAUGAUGAGUACCAUGUUCGACCUUCGAAGCGAAUGCGUGUUUAGGGUUUCACCUUGGGUCGUUUGGGCGUGGACACUGGCUAGACUAUGAUGGACUGUUUCACUUACUACUUACCACCUUUUCCACUAAUUGCCGUUCCCUUACAAUGUAGUAUAGCCUCCACGCAUAUCACCUUGUAUCCACCGUGAUAAGAACCCUCGAUGCAAACAUCUAGACCAUGCC